CGUGUCAGUGAGAAUGGACGUCAAUUUGCUUUUGGAGGUUUUUUAUUUGUAGUUUGUAAUUUUGUUGUUAUCUUUAAUAAUUAAUAGGACAAUGUAAUUUUAGUAAACAGUGUUAAAAUUUGUAGUGUUUUAGUUUAGUGAUACUGUUUUCAAAAUGAAAGUUGUUGAAGCAAAAAUCGUCGUAUUAGGCUCGCAAGGUGUUGGUAAGACCAGUCUCGUGGUCCGCUACAUCGGCAAAAUGUUCUCUAAACACAUCUCCCCCACAAUCGGAGCCUCGUUCUUCACCUGCAACAUCAACCUGGAUGAUGCCAGGGUUAAACUACAGGUGUGGGAUACGGCUGGCCAGGAGCGUUUCCGGUCCAUGGCUCCCAUGUACUACCGGAACGCAAAUGCAGCGCUCUUGGUAUACGAUAUCACCAGCGCGAACAGCUUCGCCGCCAUCAAGGGAUGGGUUAAAGAGUUGCAGAAUAAUGUCCCGGAGCCCAUGAUCCUCUCGCUGGUGGGAAAUAAGAGCGACCUGGAGAGCCACCGCGCCGUGGCCCUCAGCGAGGCGGCCCAAUACGCUGCCUCCAUUGGAGCCGCUUACUGCGAGACCUCGGCCCUUCACGAUCAGGGUAUAGACCAAGUAUUUCUAAACACGGCGACAGAGCUCCUCAAACUGUCCUCAUCAAGCCUCGUCGCGUCUCUGCGUUCGUACGACUCGACGGACUACGACGAAAAGUUACCGAUAGGCAUACCGUCCGAAGAAAAAGCCACUCAUACAGGGAAAAUUGAACUACCAGCGUGGUCUGGAGACGUUAAGCACGGAGAGCUUCAGAGAAGCAUGUGUUGCUAGUACACGGAAGACUAAUUAUAUACCGCGGUUUUAGUCGCGUUAAAUAAACCAUUAACUGGCUUGACUGAAGAAAAUAGGGAUUCAAUUUUUGUAUAUAUAUUAUACAAACUAAGAAAUAUACAUUACAUUUAUAAUGAA